CUCAAACCACUGGGAGCCAUUUCGGUUUUUAAUUAACUCUCCACAAGGGGCAACAGUGCACCUUCUUGGACAGCAAGCUCUACUCGGACAAAUGAGUGCGUUCAUGACCCUGUUUUAUUAGGUUUAAUAUUUAAUGUAGGUCAAGAUUUGUAAGCCGUGUGCAGGUUUAGAUUUAGACUUAAAAAAAGAAAAAGAAAAAAAUAAAUUCAAAAAAUUAAUAAUAAACUACAAAUAUUCCGUGCAUCUGAGCAUGUAGUGUGUCAUGUGUGUUGCUUUGCUGGCCAGCAUCCCACAUCACUCUUACAUAAUCGCUCUGUGCACUCAUCCGCUGCCGUUUCACUGUGGCAUACGUGACUUCUGCCCACUGAAGUUUCAGCGUCUCAUCGACCGCCGUGGAACAAGAGUCCAAAGGUUGCCUCGGGAGAUCUGGCUCCUUCUUCGUUCUCCUCCUCCACCACCACCACUACCGCCACCACCACCACCACCACCUCUUCCGUCCUCUCCUUCAUUGCCUUCCUCCUCCUCCUUCUCCUCCUCCUCCUCACCCUCCUCCUCCCCGAUCCCCGGGUUCAGCACCGUGGACAGCUCCGCGCUUUUACGCGCGAGCCGCCGCCCGCGUUCUCGUGGUCAAACAAAAGUAGGACAGCGAGAAGUCGUCCGCUCUCUGAACACAUGAGAGACUGCAGCGUGGGAGAUCUGGCCUCUUUGCUUUUCUUGAAAUCCAAGCGGCGCAUGUGACGGCGCUGAGGAGUGUUUCUGAAGUCAGAGAAACGGAGGCCGGAGCAAUGAUCUCAAGAUAUAAACCGAGUCCCGGCUCCACCAUGUCCUUGGCUUUCUGUGGGAGCGAGAACCACUCGAUGGCCUACAACGUGGACGAGGGCGUUCUGAACAACGGCUGUUUCCUGGACGCGCUCAAUGUGGUGCCACACGUCUUCCUCCUCUUCAUCACCUUCCCCAUCCUCUUCAUCGGUUGGGGCAGCCAGAGCUCAAAGGUCCACAUCCACCACAGCACCUGGCUUCACUUUCCCGGUCACAACCUGCGCUGGCUCCUCACCUUCGUCCUGCUCUUCAUCCUCGUAUGUGAGAUUGCAGAGGGCAUCGUCUCAGAUAGGUUCAGCCAGUCCCUCCAUCUUCACCUGUACAUGCCUGCGGCUCUGGCCUUCAUGGCUGGCAUCACCUCUAUCGUCUACUAUCAUAACAUUGAGACCUCCAACUUCCCCAAACUGCUACUAGCCCUGCUGAUCUACUGGGUGCUGGCCUUCAUCAUGAAGACCAUCAAGUUUGCCAAGUACACGGAACAUGGCAUCGGCCCCAGGCAGCUACGCUACUGCAUCACGGGACUGCUGGUGCUGCUGUAUGGACUCCUGCUGGCAGUGGAGAUCAACGUCAUCAUGGGCAGGCGCUACAUGUGUUUCGCAAAUCCACCAGAGGUGAAACCUCCCGAAGACCUCCAGGACCUCGGUGUUCGCUUCCUGCAGCCCUUCGUCAACCUGCUGUCCAAAGCCACCUACUGGUGGAUGAACACCUUCAUUACCUCCGCUCACAGACGACCCAUCGACCUGAAGGUCAUCGGCAAGCUGCCCAUCGCGAUGAGAGCGCUCACAAACUACAUCAAGCUUCGCAAGGCCUUCGAAGAUCAGAAGAGGCCUCAGGGCCUGGUGCCCCAAGGCCCCACCUGGAUUUGGCAGGCUCUGAGGAAAGCAUUCGGUAGACCUCUCAUCCUCAGCAUCACGUUCCGCUUCCUGGCCGACCUGCUGGGCUUCGCUGGCCCUCUCUGCAUCUCAGGCAUCGUCCACCACAUCAGCAAAGACAAUCGCACCAUUCAGCCGCCGAUGAAGCUGCUCGGUAUCAGUUUCAUUUCCUCCAAGGAGUUUCUGGAGAAUGCGUAUGUGCUGGCUGUGCUGCUCUUUUUCGCCCUGCUCCUGCAGAGGACCUUCCUCCAGGCCUCGUACUAUGUGGCCAUUGAAACAGGUAUCAACCUGCGUGGAGCCAUACAGACAAAAAUCUACAACAAGAUCAUGCGCCUGUGCACCUCCAACAUGUCCAUGGGCGAGCUGACUGUCGCUCAGAUCUGCAACCUGGUUGCCAUAGACACCAACCAGCUCAUGUGGUUCUUCUUUCUCUGUCCUAACCUGUGGGCCAUGCCAGUACAGAUCGUUGUGGGAGUCAUCCUGCUCUACUACCUCUUGGGAAUCAGUGCCUUGAUCGGAGCGACCGUCAUCGCCGUGUUAGCUCCUGUCCAAUACUUUGUGGCCACAAAACUGUCCCAAACACAAAAGAGCACUCUGGAAUACUCCAGCGAGCGUCUGAAGAAGACCAACGAGCUGCUGCGGGGCAUCAAGCUGCUGAAGCUGUACGCCUGGGAGCACAUCUUCUGUGACAGCGUGGAGGAGCUGAGGCGCAAGGAGCUCACCAGCCUGCAGGCCUUCGCUCUCUACACGUCCAUAUCCAUUUUCAUGAAUGCAGCUAUUCCCAUCGCAGCUGUGUUGACGACGUUCGUGGUUCACGUCCACAUUUCCGAGGACGCCGAUCUGUCCCCAGCUGUGGCCUUUGCCUCCCUGUCCCUCUUUCACAUCCUGGUCACCCCCCUCUUCCUCCUCUCCAGCGUGGUGCGCUCCACAGUCAAGGCUCUGGUUAGCGUUCAGAAGCUCAGCGAGUUUUUCUCCAGCGAUGAGAUUGGAGACGAGCAGGAACCCAGACCGGUGUUGACCUCUGGCUCCAGCAACCACAACCAGAAUAGGUACCAGGCCGUGUCAUCCUCUAAACCUUUCCCUUCGUCGUCCUCCUCCUCCUCCUCCUCCUCCACCUCCGUGUCCCGACACCUCAAGCCCCUGAAGGUGGUUAACAGGAAGCGCCCCCCGAGGGACGACGACUGGAACAACUUCAGCUCGCACGGGGAACCUGACGGAAACGGACCCUCACAGGAUGUGCACCAAGACAUCUGCAUCAAGAUAACCAGCGGUUAUUUCACCUGGACCGACGGACCCCCGACGCUUUCUAACGUGGACAUCAGGAUUCCUUUUGGUAAGCUGACUAUGAUCGUGGGCCAGGUGGGUUGUGGAAAAUCAUCUCUGCUGCUGGCAGCCCUGGGAGAGAUGCAGCGAGUGUCAGGAGCGGUCACGUGGAACAGCCUUCCAAGCCUGGAGUCUGAGGGAGAUGAAAGUCCCACGGACAGAGAUGCAGCGAGCGACGGAGACAUCAGGAAGAGAGGCGCCGUGGCCUACGCUUCCCAGAAGCCCUGGCUCUUGAACGCCACCGUGGUGGAGAACAUCACCUUUGAGAUGCCCAUGAUAAAAUCAAGGUACAAAGCUGUUGUUGACGCCUGCUCUCUUCAGCCUGAUAUCGACAUCCUUCCACAAGGGGACCAGACCGAGAUCGGGGAGCGGGGCAUCAUCCUAUCAGGUGGACAGAAGCAGAGAAUCAGCGUAGCCAGAGCCUUGUACCAGCAGACCAACAUGGUCUUCCUGGACGACCCAUUUUCCGCCUUAGACAUCCACCUGAGUGACCACCUGAUGCAGGAGGGCAUCCUGAAGAUCCUCAGAGAGGAGAAGAGGACGGUGGUGCUGGUCACACACAAGCUCCAGUACCUGCUCCACGCAGACUGGAUUAUUGCAAUGAAAGAUGGCACCAUCCAGACGGAAGGGACUCUGAAGGACGUCCAGAACUCUGAGCCUGAACUCUUCGAGCAGUGGAAAACCCUGAUGCACAGAGAGGACCAGGAGUUUGAGAAGGAGACGGUGGCAGAGAAUAUGACCGACCUGGAGAGGAAAAACCUGCGCAGGGCCAUGUACUCCAGAGAGGCCGUCAGGACCGAAGAGGACGAAGAAGGUGGCACCCUGGGGUGGACUUGUGGGAUGGCUCCUGCUGCCCUCAUGUUCGAUCGAGCAGAGGAAUCUGUGGAGAGCGACGACGAUGACAACAUGUCGCUGGUGAUGCGUCAGCGCGCCACCAUCCCGUGGCGCUCCUGCGGCAUCUACCUGUCCUCCGCCGGGCUCGUCCUCCUCUCGCUGCUCCUCCUGUCGCAGCUCCUCAAACACUCCCUCAUGGUCGCCAUCGACUACUGGCUGGCGCACUGGACGUCGCACGUCAUCGCGGCCAAGAUAGAGGCCACGGCUCAUAACUGCUCCGUCCAGAACUGCAGCUUCAGUCACUCGUGGUAUCUGUCGGUGUUCAGCGUGCUCUGCUGCCUGGGCAUCGUCCUCUGCUUGGCCACCUCGGUGGCUGUGGAGUGGACCGGCCUCAAAGUGGCCAAGGAGCUGCACCACAACCUGCUCAAUAAGAUCAUACUGGCCCCCAUGAGGCUCUUUGAGACGACUCCACUCGGCAGCAUCCUCAACAGGUUUUCCACGGACACCAACACGAUCGACCAGCACAUCCCCACCACCCUGGAGUGCCUCUCCCGCUCCACCCUGCUGUGCUUCUCCGCCCUGGGCGUCAUCUCCUACGUGACGCCCGUCUUCCUCUUCGCCCUCCUGCCGCUGGCCGUCGCCUGCUACUUCAUCCAGAAGUACUUUCGCGUGGCCUCCAGGGACCUGCAGCAGCUGGAGGACAGCACUCAGCUCCCUUUACUCUCCCACUUCUCUGAGACGGUUGAAGGUCUCACCACCAUCAGAGCCCUCAGGUAUGAGCCCCGAUUCAGACAGAGGUUGCUGCAGUACACAGACGCCAACAACAUCGCCUCUCUGUUUCUCACAGCAGCCAACCGCUGGCUGGAGGUCCGCAUGGAGUACAUCGGAGCCUGUGUGGUGCUGGUGGCAGCUGUGGCCUCCAUCACAAACUCUCUGUACAACCAGCUGUCCACCGGCCUGGUGGGGCUCGGCCUGACGUACGCACUCAUGGUGUCCAACUACAUGAACUGGAUGGUGCGUAACCUGGCAGACAUGGAGGUUCAGCUUGGCUCCGUCAAGAGGAUUAACAGUUUGCUGAAAACUGAACCGGAGAACUACGAGGGACUGCUCACUGUGUCUCAGGUUCCUGACGGCUGGCCCCACCACGGGGAGAUCAAGAUCCAGAAUCUGAGCGUCCGUUACGACACCACGCUGAAGCCCGUGCUCAAAAACGUCAACGCACACGUCAACCCUGGACAGAAGGUGGGGAUCUGUGGCAGGACAGGCAGCGGAAAAUCCUCCUUCUCCUUGGCUUUCUUCCGCAUGGUCGACAUGUUUGAAGGGAGGAUUGUGAUCGACAACAUUGACAUCGCGAAGCUGCCCCUGCAGACCCUGAGGUCUCGGCUGUCCAUCAUCCUGCAGGACCCCAUCCUGUUCAGCGGCACCAUCCGGUUCAACCUGGACCCAGAGAUGAAGGCGACGGACGAGAUGCUGUGGGAAGCGCUGGAGAUUGCUCAGCUGAAGCCCGUCGUUAAAUCUCUUCCAGGAGGCCUGGACGCCAUGGUGACGGAGGGAGGAGAGAACUUCAGCCAGGGUCAGAGGCAGCUGUUCUGUCUGGCCAGAGCCUUCGUCAGGAAGAGCAGCAUCCUCAUCAUGGACGAGGCCACGGCCUCCAUCGACAUGGCAACGGAGAGCAUCCUGCAGAAAGUGGUGAUGACUUCUUUCGCUGACCGGACAGUAGUUACUAUAGCACAUCGCGUCCACACCAUCCUGAAUGCCGACCUGGUGAUUGUGAUGAAGCGGGGGAUCAUCCUGGAGUACGACACGCCCCAGGCCCUGCUGGACAAGGAGGACAGCGUCUUCGCCUCCUUCGUGCGCGCGGACAAGUAGCACAAGAAGACGGAGCGAAGGGGAAGCGCUGAAGGAAGACAUUCAAAGUGCAAUUGUACCAUGGAGUAUAUUCAUUUUUAUUUUUUAAUCAUGUUGUAUUAUAUUUGUACAUAAAAAAAAUGUUAAUUCUUUGUUAAUAAAAACAGAAAUGAUCA